UUGGCUUGACUGGGCGGAGUGGGCCACACCGCAGUCCGGUAAAAAAUCGAUUUAUUAAAUCAGUCGUGUUAUGGAAAUAGUUUAAUUACUAACAAAACUAGCGAACAUGUCUCAAGCAUUCACUAAGAGCGGCGACAAAGCUCAUGAUGAGAAAAUCCUCAUGCCUUACACAUACAUCUUGCAAGUGCCGGGCAAGCAGAUCCGGACCAAGCUCACCUGUGCAUUCAACAACUGGCUCAACAUUUCUGAUGAGAAGCUUAAGGCUGUCGGAGAAAUAGUCCAGAUGCUGCACAACUCUAGUUUACUGGUAGACGACAUUCAAGACAACUCAAUACUUCGUCGAGGUAUCCCCGUAGCACAUUCCAUCUACGGCGUGGCUAGCACGAUCAAUGCGGCCAACUACGUCAUGAUAAUAGCGCUAGAGAAGACUUUGGAAUUAGGGCAUCCGAUGGCUACAGCAGUGUACACAGAGCAGCUUCUGGAACUACACAGAGGGCAGGGCAUGGAGAUCUACUGGAGAGACAACUUCCGCUGUCCAUCGGAGGAGGAAUACAAGGAGAUGACUGUUAAAAAAACCGGCGGGUUGUUCAUGCUGGCCAUCCGGCUCAUGCAGCUGUUUAGUGAGAACAAGGCGGACUUCAGCAAAUUGUCCGCCAUCUUGGGUCUGUACUUCCAGAUCAGGGACGACUACUGCAAUCUGUGUCUACAGGAGUACUCAGAGAACAAGAGUUUCUGCGAGGACCUGACGGAAGGCAAGUUCAGCUUCCCAAUCAUCCACGCCAUUCACAAUCAAGACGGCGACAACCAAGUGCUUCAUAUCCUCCGGCAACGGACCCGAGACGUCGAGGUAAAGCGAUACUGCAUCGCCUUGCUCGAGCGGCUCGGCAGCUUCCGAUACACGCGCGACACACUAGCACGACUCGACGCCGCUGCCAGAGAAGAGGUGGCCCGCCUAGGUGGUAACCAAGACUUAGAAAACCUUCUCGACGAGCUACUGAGCUGGCAGCGGCCUGAAGACGUCUAAACAAGUAGACCCACCACGAUUACCGCUGAAUCGGACAAUAACACACCUUACGCCAGUGCCGUAAGAACUACGAAGGCAGCAGUUGUCGUGGUUGUUAAAUUUGGAGAUUUUGACAAUCGAAAUUUUAAUUUAUUGCCUUUGGAUAAGGUAAAAAAUCUAAUAGCAAGAGGUCCCCCCCUAUUAGAGGUACAGUCCCCGUAUUUGGUUCCUAGGGCACUAUAUAACCUUGUCGUUUUAGCAACUAGAUAUGACACACAUCACUCAAUAAGCACUGUCUUAGAAGAUAUACAAAUUGAAUAAUUAUGACAUGGUUCUAUACUUAUAGUGGCCUAGGAAUCAAAUUGGUUUACUGUACACAUUUGAAAGCUUAGCUUUCGAAUGAAUUGUAUAAUUCGUUUUCUUUAGCAUUAGAAAGAACUCCACAGAAGCAAGCGUGCAGUUUUUAUCAGGCUCUUUAAUUGUUAAUAAUUAUUGAAUUAUCUAAAAUACAUAUAAUUGGAUGGUGUUUAGCAAAAAUGAGUCAUCCCACAACCAUUUUUCAAUAAAAUGUCAACUUUAAGCGUCAAUAUUUUGAGUUAACAUCUUAUUGAAAAAAAUAUGUGGGUUGACACAUUAUUGCGCAUCAGCAUCCAAUUUACUUCAAAUAAUUACCGCUAAAAGUGCCGGAUUUGGAACCACAAGCUUACUUCUGCGAAGUUCUUUCUAAUGCUAAAAAAAACGGACUAUAAAAUUAUUGAUACUUAGGGCUUACUGAAAAUUCCUGGACUGGCCACUCAGAAAAAAUAAGUCGUCUCAUAUAUCAGAAUCCAGAAAUUUCAGUAUGGCCCACGUAAUGGGGAGUUUUGAUUGUCAAAAUCUUCUGUAUUUAUGUUUGCGCGCUCACUUAACAAAUUCCUGUACUUAUAAUUUGAAUAUAGUUAUUAUAUUCUAAGUUGAUGCAUCAGCCGAGCCGGCUUAAUGUUACGAGGUACAUUAUUUUUAUUUUUCGCUUGUAGUUUUCAAAAGCCUAAAAUCAUUAAGUAUUAUAAUAAGUUUUUAAAUUUCCAUAGUUAAUUAGUGAUUGCGUAUUAUUGUUAAUAACUUCGUUCACAAACAUGUAAGUUCGGUACUUAUCUGAAGUUUUUUCGAAGAAUAUUUCGUCGGGUGACAAGCAAAAGUCACUAGUACCAUUGAAAUUAUUGGACAAUCAACCUUGUUUAAAGUGUCAUAAAGUGCAUUGUUACUUUAAUUUUUUGAUAGUACUUAGUGACUUUUGCUUGUCACCCGACGAUUUAUAAAAAGUUAGGUUGCUAGCUUGUGCAUUUUAAUGACAUAUUGGUAGCUUAUAAAAAACUUAUAUGAAACGUAUAGUACCUGCAAUAAUAUACUACACAACAAAGGCCGCAAAAGUAUCUGCCACGAUCUUAUUUGUAGAGCCAUAAGGGCGUGUCACACAUUUUUGUGCCUUAGAAGAUUAACAUAUUAUUGCAGGUGACUGUACCUAUAAAUCCUAUAAUUACAUUGUUGCGAAAAAUUUAACGGUAAGAAUAUUUCGGAUCAUUCAAUUUACGACGAAUACUAGAGUUCGAAUCUAACUAGUAAUUACAUUUUGUUCUAGUAGAUACCUAUAUUUCGUCGGGUGACAAGCAAAAGUCGCUUAACUAACACCAUUGAAAUUAUUGGACAAUAACCCGUGUUACAAGUGUAAUAAAUUGCAUUGUUACUUUAAUUUUUUGAUAGUACUUAGUGACUUUUGCUUGUCACCCGACGAUUUAGAAAUAUUACUUAAGUAGAAUCGACCAAAAAUCGUGCCAGUCAUAGUUAGGUACAAUCAAUAUAUCUGUCGGCGGCCGAUCGUAAGAUCAGGCAUAUCGUGAAAUUCCUAGGCAUAUCGUGAAACCUGAAAAUCUUUGACUCGUUCCCGGUGUCGCGUAGCGGGGCUCCUAUUUCUGGGUAGUUUUCCCUGCGGGCAUCUGAAGCAACCUAACGAACCUAUCCUACCUAUAUAUUGGUUUAAUGUGACUAUCGUAUCGUCAAAACAUUACACAGGAACAUUACGAUCUGCCUGAUCUUACGACCGGCCGGCCGACAUGUCCAAGCGGAUUGAUGCUGACAUACAAUAGUUAUUACGAUACAAGUGCAGAAAGUAGGAAAUUGGUAUAUUUCCGUGUUCUUAUAACCCGGCAACCUUCAAAUCAAGAGUGAACAGGCACCUUCUGGGGGAGCUCGCUCAGUAAGAGCGCGAGUAAGCCUAUUCAUAAUUUAAAAAAAAAAUUGGUAGUGUGCAAUUAAUUUUUAUAUAUUUCUCAAAUGUCUAUGUAUUGUUAUCUGACUUAUCUCGCUUGUAUCAUUAAGAUACUAUAGUUACGUUUAAAGUACAUAAUGAUUCUUAACAAAAAUUAACAUCCAUUUAACUUAUGUUUAACAUAAUGGAUGUAUUUAUGCGAGAUCUCUGCAAUCUUAGGUGUAAAUAUAAAUAAUAUAUGAUUUUUAAGCCUCAUAAAAAUCUUGACUACAUACUUCCAACCAUAGAGUGUUUGUUUGUUUCGGAGCAUUUCACGAGAUUGGCUACCGUUGUUUCGUACACACGCGAAUUUUCUGAAGAUAGGAGUUUUUAUUUUUCAAUAUGGAUGUCAAAAAUGCAAAGAGGUUAAAAGGACUGAUGCGCCUAAACUUGACGAAAGGGGAGUAAAAUAAAAAAAUAGGCUGCCAUAGACAGUAAAUCGUUCAGUAGCGUUUUUUCGGUGUACUCUCAUUAGACCUAACGCGUGUUAAUGCACUGUUCAUAGAUAUUAUAGACUGCACAUUCCACGUUGAUUACCAUUAGAUUAUAGGGAGACCUAAACACCGUGUUUUUUUUUUGUUAAUUUCAAGGGUGCAUUCCUGAGCUUAAAUUGGGUAACUUUCUCAAAGACACCGAUAUUCUAAUUAACUCCAUUUCGGAGAUAUUCAAUAAAAAAAAUUCCUAUAAGGCCUCUGCAAGCGUGUACACUUGCCUUAGGGCCGGUUUACAUAUUGAUUAGUGUUUAGAAUGAGUUCAUAUAUUUGCUCCUAAACUAAAGUACAAUCUCGGUCGAUCAAUGUUCGAAAUGACAUUGAUAUGUUUGGUUGAGUUAAAUGUAAUACCCGUGUUACAACAACGCUAUAUGCUACAUUUAAUAACUUUUUAAUCUUUUUUUUAUAGGCAAAAAUAUUUCUUUUUUGAAAAUUAACUAUGCCAAUUCGUUCUCUUAAACGUACUUAAUCAUACCCCGAAGUUAACGGAAUUCAAUAAAAACACGGUGUAUAUGUCGACGCGGAAUCGGAAAAAGCCGAUAGAAAAAACCUUUAUGUCUGCGCAAUGUAAGAGCGAAAGAGGCGUCGGCCGAUGCGAGCUAAGCCAAAUGACGACUUCUUUUAUUGCGAGAUAUAAAGGCUUUUUCUAUCGGCUUUUUCCGAUUCCGCGUCGGCAUGUAUAGGGAAACCUUAUAGCUCUAGCUUAGAGGUAGACGCUUGUAUGUAGUUGAAAUUUAGUGGUUUCCUUUCGUAUGCAGAUAAAGGGAGAAAAACUAAGCUGCUCAACAAAACGUGGUAGUGUAAACUGACCGAGAUGGCUUUCUGCGUCUCUAUCGCUCUUAUAUGCAAGAGUGAUAAAGAGGCAGAUAACGAAAUUUUGAUAUUUGAUUGUUCGCGAUAGGCUAAUCGUCAAGCGGUGAAUGAUAAAAUUAUUGAGCAUAGGUUUUUCAAUUGUUUAAUUUAUGGAAUAUGAUGAUACAUGAAAAGUGGAUAAGUAAUGAUCGAUCGUCAUAAAGUCAAAUAGUUAUUUAUUGUAGAAGAUAGUGUGUAGUGAGGUUUAAACUAGCAAGAACUUGCGUGCAAUUUUAAUUACAUUGCGGUAUCUGAUCAAACUUUUGCAGUUUUCCUUAGUGGUCGGCAAUGUAACGUAAAUUGCAUGCAAUUAUACUUCCUAGUCUAAGCCUCGCUUAAGGCUUAAUUUAAAAAAAAAUUAUCGGCCAUCUGAACUAAAUGGACACACACAUGCAACACUGUACUGAAUUGUCAAACUGCAGCAUUUGACAAGAGUAGCCGCAUAAUGUACUGGGUUGUACUACAGCACCAUCCAUUUUAGCUGUUUUGACCUAAUCAAAUUUUUUCUGAGACUUUUCCACAGAUAAUAUUAAUAAUACUUUGAUAAAGGCAACGUUUGCCAUUUUUCUUGUCAAGCCAUUAUAUUACGCGGUAUGUCGCACUCCAUUGCCGGUCCGUUUAAUUUUGCACCAACCAAUAGGCUUUUUGUGUUUGUUAAAAUAUUGACCUGUCACAAAUUAGAUAUUAUCAUAAUUUUAGCCCGACUUAAAUUAAAAUAGAGCUUCUUGAAAACACACCAAAAUGUAUUCAUAUUUCAUAUUCUGAGACAAUAUAUGUGUUAGAGGGAGCAAGUGAUAUUGCUAUCUCAUUCUACCGCAUGGCUGCGUCCCUUAGACUGGCCGGCGCUGGCCCAUUGUGUAGAGGAGCCAUACCAUUUAGGUCGUUUUCUCAAUUUUGUGAGAUAUUUUUCACCUUGCAGUUGUUUGUAGUGCAAACGGCCGAAGUGAUAUUGUAAUAAAUAGGUACUAAUUGGUGUGUGCUUAUAUUUAGAACUUAACAUACUUAGUCAAGUUUUAUUUUUAUAUUUUAAUGUUUAAAUAAAUCGAAUGUUUUGUUAUUAAGUUUUUUUACAAAAUAUCUUUUAUUUCAAAAUACAGUUUUUUACGCUUAUUUUGUUUUUUAUUUUAUUUUCACAGUACCUUAGAUCGGGUGAGUAAGGAACCUGAAGCGACUGUACGCAUUUUUAGCAAUACACCCUGUGGCUAAUAUUCCACUGCAUUCUCCAUACUUUACUAGGUAAAUUAAGCGAAGGCGUGUCUUUACCUCCAAUAUUUUAACAUAGAAAACAUUGUUGACAUCGCUAACGUAAAGGUAAAACGACGAAAAUCAUGUAGGCAUUUUGCGUUCUGGACCGUUCGCGAUGUAAACUUUAAUGUCUAGCGAUAUAGGCAAAAUAUUACACUAGUCAUUUUACAUUCUAGACUGUCGGCGAAUAACCCAUAAUAAGAUUUACAUCUUGUAAGACCCACCAAAGGCCAGUUAAGAAUGUUUUCGGUAUAAGCAUGUUUAAUUUGAAAUACCUACUCAAUAUGUAUCAUUCAUUUACUAAAAAUAUAUGAACACGUUAGCGCUCGUUAGGGUGGUAUACCAUCUGUCCAAUAUAUUGAUCCAAUGUUAUAAGUAAAAUCAUCAUCUUCCUCGCGUUAUCCCGGCAUUUUGCCACGGCUCAUGGGAGCCUGGGGUCCGCUUGGCAAUUAAGCCCAAGAAUUGGCACAGGCACUAGUUAAGCAAAAUCUCUCUCUUAUUAAGUAAAAUGUGAGAUAAAAUACACAUUGGACAAAUUGGACAGGUGGAAUACCACGCUUAUACAAUUAGGCAAGGAGGCAUAACGGAUGUUUUGGGCUUCUAACUGCUAAUGCAACCCUGUCUUCCAUAAUGACAAUAACAAUGUAGCUGUAAGAGAAAUAUCAAUUUUAACUUUCAAAGUGUAUCUUGUCAUAUCCCUUAGCAAUAAAAGCUUUGAGUGAAA